AGCUGGUCCACGUCUGCUACUCUACUGGAUGUAGAAAGAAAAUAAUUGAAUUCGGAAUACUUUUGUACUGGAUUACCUAAACUUUUCUCGCCUUCGGAUAAAGAUGUAUUUUUAAAAACAUUUUUUUAAAAAUGUUAGGACAUGUUAUUUGAAGAAAAAUAUAGAAUAUUUAGGGAUAAACCGUGUGAAUGUUAUAUAGUUGUUAAACAGCCAACCAUCUACAAUUUAUAAUUAUGGCGCAUUUAAUACGGCAGAAGAUUUCAAACCAAAUCAUUAACAUAAUGAACAGCGCGUCUGAUAAAUCCGAGGGGAAGGUGAGCGCUGUGUUUGCGCGCCUCGGCUUCCAGACGGCCACCGAUGACGAGGCUCUGGCUUUCGCCGACUGCGACGUCCUGGACUACGAUUACAGGCAUGGGAUGCGGAUGGCUGAAGUAAAGACGAGUGGAGAAGGAGGGGAAACGCUGGCGGGAGACAGUCAUUACCAAAGACACGGCAGCGGGAACACAGGAACCGAAAAAAACCGCGAGGUACAAGGAGACAAACCGAAAUUAACAGCAUGGGACGCGGGAUGGAACGUCACCAAUGCGAUCCAGGGUAUGUUUGUCUUGGGCCUUCCCUAUGCUGUCUUGCAUGGGGGGUAUCUUGGCCUCUUCCUCAUAAUCUUCACUGCACUGGUGUGCUGCUACACAGGCAAGAUCCUCAUUGUGUGCCUUUAUGAGGAGAACGAUGACGGAGAGCGUGUACGUGUGCGUGAUACCUAUGUGGACAUCGCAAAUGCUUGCUGCACGCCACGAUUCCCUGUGCUUGGUGGCCAUGUUGUGAAUGUGGCACAAAUCAUUGAGCUGGUGAUGACAUGCAUUCUUUAUGUGGUCGUCAGUGGCAACCUUAUGUAUAACAGCUUUCCUGACUUGCCAGUUUCACAGAAGGCAUGGUCAGCGUUUGCCGCGGCAGCGCUCAUGCCGUGUGCCUUCCUGCGCAACCUGAAGGCUGUUUCCAAGCUAAGUAUGUUGUGUACAGUUGUUCACUUUAUCAUCAACGUGAUAGUGAUUGCCUAUUGCUUGUCAAAUGCACAGGACUGGGCAUGGGACAAAGUCAAGUUUUACAUCGAUGUCAAGAAGUUUCCUAUCUCUAUUGGCAUUAUUGUUUUUAGUUACACAUCACAGAUUUUCCUGCCCUCACUUGAGGGUAGCAUGCAGAAGCCUGCUGAGUUUCAGCGUAUGUUGAAAUGGACACACAUCGCUGCAUGCAUCCUCAAGGGCCUGUUUGCCCUUGUUGCCUACCUCACAUGGGCCGACGACACAAAAGAGGUGAUAACAGAUAACCUGCCGCCUGGUAUACGUAUGUGGGUGAAUGUAUUUUUGGUGGCCAAGGCAUUGCUCUCCUACCCCUUGCCCUUCUUUGCUGCGGUAGAUAUUUUAGAAAGGUUAUUUUUUCUAAAUGGAGAUGGGGCCCCAUUACCAAACUGCUAUGGCCCUGAUGGGAGGCUUAAGUCCUGGGGUCUUGCCAUGAGAAUUGGGCUUGUUUUUUUCACACUCCUAAUGGCUAUUUUUGUCCCACACUUUGCACUGCUUAUGGGUCUUACUGGAAGUCUCACUGGUGCUGGACUGUGCUUCCUGCUGCCCUGCUUAUUCCAUCUGAAGCUUCUCUGGCGCAAGCUUCUAUGGCACGAGGUCUUUUUUGACGUCUCUAUCUGUAUAAUUGGUGGUAUAUGUAGCAUUUCAGGGUUUAUUCACUCCACUGAAGGGCUCAUUGAUGCCUUUAAGUAUAACAUCCCAGAUUAAGAUACUAUAUAUUGUUAAAUGGAAAUGAAAUUCUUCUUGGUUGCACAUAUGACCAAGUUAGAGAAUUUGGCUGUAGUGUUCAAGUCAUACUGGGAUUUUUGAUUUAUAACAAAUUUCUUGUUAAUGAUGCUGUGAAACCCAUUGACAUUAAAAAACAAACAAACUUUAGGACCUUGCUCCAAGCAAUUUCAACAUGUUUGGGCGAUUAAAGGAGUUCAUAAAAGGCUAGUUGUUCAGAUGUGAAGAAUAUAUUCUGGUUCCAGCUGACAAAAUGUUUUUGAUCUUGAUGGUAUCCAAGCACUAGUGAAACACCAAAAAAGUGGUAGCUUUUAGUCUCAUAACUGUAUUCUGUUAUUCUGCACAAUCAAAAGUUAAGGUGUGACUUGAAUGACAGUCAUACAAAAAAACAACAACAACAACAACAACAAAAAAACAUUUUCUUUUUCUUAAAAUUUGUUGUUAUAGUUAGUGUACUUACUUUUUUUAUUAUUAAGAACUCCUUACCAAUAAAUACAUAAGCCAAAAUGUGUCAUGAGUGCCGACCCUGUACAUAUGCCUAAUGUACAAUAAUUUCCAGGGGAAUAAAAAGGAAUAUUAGUAUUAGUGGUAUUGGAAUGUACAGUAGUAUAGUCUGCUAAAAGGUUUAGAGAAACUGAAUACAGCAUUACAGUAAAUUUGAAAGGCCAUCAGGUUAUUUCGACCUUGUAAAAAACUAAUUACUGCCUCAUUUUUACCAAACAUAUUUGGAUUUUUCAAGCAUAAAAAUAAAACUGGUUAAAAAACAAAUUAGAACUGUUCCAGCGUAUUUAAAAGAUAGAGGACAAUAGAAGAAUUAAAGUAACAAAUGGACAGAGUUAACCAUAUAUUUAGUGUCCGAAACCUAUUUCCUUCCAUUUUUUAUGUUUACUUAGAUUGUAAUUGUUUCAUAUUUAGUUUGUGUAUUCAUGAAUUUUGAAAAUGUGGUGCUGGGUUGUGGAAAAGUGACUGAUUGUGUGUUUAAUGUAACCUAGGAUGGCCUUGUUACACAUUCAUAAUGUAUACAAGAAGAUAGACAAUGUACACCAUGAAGAUAUUCCUGAGGUUAAUAAACUAAAUAUUUG